UGACACUUCCGGGGAUGACACGAUGGCAAUGCCACAAGUGCACAAUAUUAUUCAAUAAGAAUUGUCAUUAAUUGCCAAGGAAUUACGUUAAUUUUAAAUUAUUUUUUAGAUUUAUAAAGACAAUUCAUAAUCGACGAAUGUUUAUUGUACCAUUGGAAAGUGAAUUGUGAAAAAUGUUGACGAAAUUCGAAACAAAAUCUGCUCGUGUUAAAGGACUCUCCUUCCAUCCGAAACGCCCAUGGAUUCUUGCAAGUUUACACAAUGGAGUUAUUCAAUUGUGGGACUAUCGAAUGUGUACGCUGUUGGAUAAAUUCGACGAGCAUGAUGGACCGGUUCGCGGGAUAUGUUUUCAUAAUCAACAACCGUUGUUUGUCUCCGGAGGCGAUGAUUACAAAAUUAAAGUUUGGAACUACAAGCAAAGGAGAUGUAUAUUCACUCUUCUUGGUCAUUUGGACUAUAUUCGAACGACUGCAUUCCAUCAUGAGUACCCGUGGAUUCUCAGUGCCUCCGAUGAUCAGACAAUUCGUAUUUGGAAUUGGCAGAGUAGAACCUGCAUUUGUGUUCUAACCGGACACAAUCAUUACGUGAUGUACGCUCAAUUUCAUCCAUCGGAGGAUUUAAUUGUCUCCGCCUCACUUGAUCAGACAGUUCGUGUUUGGGAUAUUUCUGGUUUGCGGAAGAAGAACGUUGCACCAGGUCCCGGUGGUCUUGAGGAUCAUUUGAAGAAUCCGGGUGCGACUGAUCUGUUCGGUCAGGCCGAUGCGCUCGUUAAACAUGUUCUCGAGGGUCAUGAUCGCGGUGUUAAUUGGGCAAGUUUCCAUCCCACUUUGCCGUUGAUUGUCUCGGGCGCUGACGAUCGACAGAUUAAAAUUUGGAGGAUGAAUGAUUUGAAGGCUUGGGAGGUUGAUGUUUGUAGGGGGCAUUACAAUAAUGUCUCGUGUGUGCUGUUCCAUCCAAGACAGGAUAUUAUUUUAUCGAACUCUGAGGAUAAGAGUAUUCGCGUUUGGGAUAUGACGAAACGCACCUGUCUUCAUACCUUUAGACGGGAGCAUGAGAGAUUUUGGGUUUUGGCAGCGCAUCCAACUUUGAAUCUAUUUGCAGCUGGACAUGAUUCGGGAAUGAUUAUUUUCAAGUUGGAACGUGAACGACCGGCUUAUGCUGUUUCGGGAAAUAUUCUCUUUUAUGUUAAGGAGCGUUUUCUGCGGAAAUUGGAUUUUACGACUUCAAAGGAUGUUUCGGUGAUGCAACUUCGCACUGGAGUGAAGAUUGCACCUUACAGUAUGUCCUACAAUCAGGCUGAGAAUGCAGUUCUUAUUUGUACGAGAAGUCCGUCGAAUAUUGAAAAUAGUAGUUAUGAUCUCUACGUGAUUCCGAGGGAAGGCGAUAAUAAUACGGACGCCGAUGCCAAGAGGGCUGGCGGAAUUACUGCUAUCUGGGUCGCUCGGAAUCGCUUCGCAGUUCUUGAUCGUGCCUAUUCUUUGUUGAUAAAAAAUUUGAAAAACGAGGUCACAAAGAAGGUGCAAGUUCCAAAUUGCGACGAGAUUUUCUACGCCGGCACGGGAAUGUUACUGUUACGUGAUGCCGAUCAGGUGAUACUGUUUGACGUUCAGCAAAAAAGGACUCUGGCGGAGGUGAAGAUAUCGAAGUGUCGCUAUGUUGUUUGGUCGGGUGACAUGUCAUACGUGGCGCUACUCGCAAAGCACACCGUCAACAUCUGCAAUCGACGUUUAGAAUCCCUGUGCUCGAUUCAUGAGAAUACGAGAGUGAAAUCCGGCGCUUGGGACGAGUCCGGAGUGUUUAUUUACACGACCAGUAAUCACAUUAAAUAUGCCAUUAAUAAUGGCGAUCAUGGUAUUAUUCGCACUCUCGAUUUGCCGAUUUACGUCACUAAAGUCAAGGGCACUCAGGUCUAUUGUCUAGAUCGUGAAUGUCGACCGAGAAUAUUGAGGAUAGAUCCCACGGAGUAUAAAUUUAAAUUAGCGCUUAUUAAUCGCAAAUACGAGGAGGUAUUGCAUAUGGUACGAACAGCAAAUUUGGUCGGACAGUCGAUAAUUGCUUAUUUGCAACAGAAAGGUUAUCCCGAAGUUGCUUUGCAUUUUGUCAAAGACGAGAAGACGCGCUUUGGUCUUGCACUCGAGUGCGGUAAUAUUGAAGUCGCUCUCGAAGCCGCUAGAUCGUUGGAUGAGAAAUCUUGCUGGGAGAAUUUGGCCAACGCGGCACUUUUACAGGGCAAUCAUCAAGUGGUUGAAAUGUGCUAUCAACGAACGAAGAAUUUCGAAAAACUCGCAUUCCUCUAUCUCAUUACUGGCAAUUUGGAUAAAUUGAAAAAAAUGACAAAGAUCGCCGAAAUAAGAAAAGACGUCUCUGGACAGUAUCAAGGAAGUCUUCUCUUGGGUGACAUUUACGAACGUGUCAAAAUUCUCAAGAAUUCAGGGCAGCCGUCACUAGCCUACGUGACGGAGAAAAUUCACGGUCUUUCGAACGAAGAGGACGACACUGUUUAUGAAUCGAUGAAGGAGGAAUUGUCAGAAUUGGAGGGAGUGGCAAUUUAUCUUUGCCCACCGGUUCCGGUUCAACAGGUGGAGAAUAAUUGGCCAUUGUUGACAGUGUCGAAGGGAUUCUUCGAGGGUGCGAUGAUGACUCGUGGUAAGAGUCAAGUUUCAGCGGCAUUGGCUCUUGAGGAAGAUGAAAAUGUCGUUGAGGGUUGGGGCAAUGAUGACGAAUUGGGAAUGGAAGAGGACGAAAUGGAGGACGCAAAGAGUGUUAACGAGGGUGACGAAACUGCCGGUUGGGAGGUUGAGGAUGUCGAUCUACCACCGGAACUCGAAGUCAGUAAUGCAACGUCUGACGAGAAUUAUUAUGCACCACCAACAAAAGGUGUUCCACCAACUCAACACUGGAUCAACAAUUCAAAACUCCCGGUCGAUCAUAUUCUGGCAGGAUCAUUUAAAACAGCCUCCACAUUAUUGUAUGAACAAGUCGGUGUUAUUAAUUUCCAGCCCUAUCAAUCUUUGUUCAUGAAUACUUUUGCAAGAUCAAGAACUUCGUAUUCUCUUCUACCGAGUUUGCCAUCAUUGUACAAUCAUCCAUUGCGAAAUUGGAAAGAAGCUACUCCAAAGACUGCAUUGCCGGCAAUUGGUUUACGACUCACUGAUCUUGUUCAACGACUUCAAGCCUGCUAUCAAUUGACGACCAGUGGAAAAUUCGUUGAAGCUACUGAAAAACUACAGGCCAUUCUUCUCAGUGUUCCAUUUUUGGUUGUUGACACAAGGCAAGAUAUUGCCGAAGCACAACAGUUAAUACAAAUCUGUCGGGAAUAUAUCCUAGGUUUGAAAAUGGAAUCCGAACGUAAGAAUUUACCGAAAAAUUCAUUGGCCGAGCAGAAGAGAAUUUGCGAAAUGGCCGCAUACUUCACUCACUGUAAUUUACAACCAGUGCAUCAAAUUCUAACACUUCGUACUGCAGUCAACAUGUUCUUUAAGCUCAAAAACUACAAGACUGCCGCAUCGUUCGCGAGACGACUUCUCGAAUUGGGACCUAGGGCCGAAGUUGCUCAACAAGUUCGUAAGAUUCUACAGGCAUGCGACAAGAAUCCAAUCGAUGAGCAUGAAUUAGCCUACGACGAACACAAUCCAUUCACACUGUGCGCUGGCACCUACACUCCAAUUUAUCGUGGAAGUCCUGAGACGAAAUGCCCCCUUUGUGGAGCGACCUAUCAACCCCAAUUUCAAGAUUCAUUAUGUAAAGUUUGUGAGGUCUCACAAGUCGGUAAACAAUGUAGCGGUCUCAAGAUAAGUAUUCUACAAUUCCGAUAAAUUAAAUUUCUAUUUUUACAAAAAAAAACAAACAAACAAAACAUGUUUACUUAUAAUAAUUAAUUGCAUUUAUUAAUCUCAUUAGAAGAAUUUUUGUAUAGCAUGGUAAUUGAGCUUGUAAAAAAAGUGAAUUUUAAAUUCUAAAAAGAGAAAAAAAGAAAACUGUUGUCAGCAGAAUACGAAAAAAAAAGAAUUAUAUAUAUAUGAAAAAAAUGUAUAAUAUGAAUUUUGCGCAACAAAGACAUUUCCGAAUGUUUGAUAUAACGAAAAGUGGUGAUGAAAAUGUUGAAUUUUAUUUCGAUAAAAUGUUGCGUCAUUUUAAAUGUGUAAGAAAUUUUUAAUUCCUCUUUUUUCUAUAUGUUGAAAGUUGGAGAAUAAAAUAGAAUUUUUUUUUUAAA